AUGCUUAAAAAUAUUAUCCCUAAACAGCAAAAAAUAGUCAAAGAAGCUGCUGCUCAAAAUACCAAUCCAACUGAUUUAAUUGAUGUCAUUAAUAAAGAUAUCGAUCAAAGUACUGGAAAACAGAAGAAAUUCGUUACUGUAGACAAUUCCCUAAUCGAUAAUAAAAAAGUUUGGACAUCUCAUUGGAAAGAGAUAUGUUCUUCUGUUACUCUUCCAUAUCUGAAGAACGAAAAUAUUAUAAUUAAAAAGAAAAAAGUAUUGUUGACAAUAAUUAAUGAUAAUGUUAAAUCAUUUCAAACAAAGUCCAAGCAAAAUGUUGAAAGCUUUGAAAAUUAUCAAAAGGAUCUUAACAACUUCUGCGUCAAAUAUCGUGAUUGGACCAAAGAACAACUUGACAAAACUGAUCUCACUAUCGAGCAGAUAAAAACUAAUAUCAUAACGUUGGAAAGCGAAAUUUCAAUCUAUCAGAACAAAAUUAUAGGACUUGGUAUCAGAACUGGAGUUGGAGCCUUUAUUAGUGUUUCUGGAUUAGGAUUAUCUGUGGCUACUGGACCAGUUGGACUUAUCAGCUUUGGAAUUGCUGCUCUUAUAGACAGUUUAGCCACAAUCAGCUGUGGUGUUGCAUUGGACGUUAUUCUCAAUAAAUUAGCAGCUGCCCAAAAUGAGCUGAGUGCAGAACAUUACAAAUUAGACCAACUUAUAGUUCAAAAAGAUCAUAUACAAUAG